AUGCAAAAUAAUCUCAGCAUAGAAGCUAUAAAAAAUGCUGCAGAGUUGGUCAACUCGUCGCUAGUAUCCAAAGGCUUUAUUACUGACGAGUUGAUGUUUCCUGUCAUCAACUGGCCCCAAUUGAUCCAAGACCAACCCAAUAAAGAUGAUCUAGCCAAAAUCGAAAUCACCCCAACCGUUUAUAACAACGAUAAGAACGUCAUAAACAUCAUUUACUCGCUAACACAGUCUAUUGAUCGUCACCAGGCUCAGCAUAAGUCGUUCAAUCGUACCAUAACGCAAAAAAAUGCCACCAUUGACGAACUACGAGCCAAAGUUCAUCAGCUCGAGCAGCAAGUGCACAAUUAUGAGGACAGAUUGGACAAGACGGUUCACAUCGAUCAGAUAUCGCUCACGGAGCGUGUCAACGAGCUCUCACGAAAGACGAAAGUCCAGGCACUUGAGGUAUCUAGACUUAAGAGCCAUAAUGCAGAGAUCCAGACCAAAUACGCAGUGGACAUGAGGAAAAAAUCGUUGGAGAUUUCGAAAUUGAAGGACAAAUUGUUGGACUCUCGUAGUCUAUCUAAUACGCUUAGUUUUGGUCGACCAUUCCUGUUAACGUCGAGAUCCAGUUUGGGAGAUAGACUGGAAUCACCAGAGAUCAACACAAACGUGAUUUACAACAACAAACCAAUAAUUGACAAUACAAAGCCCCUAGAGGAAGUAUCGCUAACACCUGUGCGGGAUCAGGAGUACGAUGGCAUUGCCACACAGCUCUCGCAAUUGAUCGAGAACCUCAUCAAGGAAAACAGCAAAUUUGCAAAUUUCGUCAACGAGCUCAAUGGCUACUUCAAUAAAUUCAACUCGCAGAUGUCGGUGCUGAAUUAUCGGAAACUUGGUACCUCUAGCCUUGUCAAUCCGUCUGACGAAAUCGACCUCAACAGAAUCAUGAAAGACACCUCUACGGACGUGGAACCGUUCGAGUUCAUUUCUCGGCCACUACUCUCCAAUAUAUACAAGAAUUACCACUAUGUGUCGGGACUCGUGGACAUGGCGGUUUCCAAUCUAGACGCAGAUUCAGCACUGGAUACUCUGGACUGGAAGAAGACAAUCGAAACCUUGAAAGAAGAGAACCAGUCGCUCCAGAAGAAGUGGCAGGAGGCCAUCAAGGCGCUUGAGGACUGGAAAAAGUAUAGGCAUAUUAAAUAA